UAAAUAAUAUUUAACACAUUUAAAUGUGUUUAUGCUAAAUGUGUUAAUUAGAUUUAUUAUGAGGUAUUGGUUUAAAAAUGAAUGACGAAGUUUUGAAGCGGUAUAUCGAAGGAUGGUUGCAAAUCAAGGAAAACAAAAAGUUUAAAAAGCAUUGGUGUGUGCUGAAAGGAAAGCUGUUAAAUUCAACACAAUUGCUUUCAGCAUUUCUGUUUUGCUUUAAAGAUCAGAACACUCAUGUACGAGAACAUUUUGUUGGAUCUUACCAAAUAAACUUACCAGAACACACAGUUCAAUUGGUAUCAUGCAAGGGAGAUAAACCAAUGAAGUAUGAGUUUGUAAUCUACUUAAACCAGGACAAAAUGUCCUUUAUUGCGGAUGAUGAACUAUCACAAGAACGUUGGAUAUAUGCUCUGGUUGAUCUUGUAGGAAAUGGACUACCACCUUCAGAUUUACCCACAGUGCAGAACGAUAUUCGUUCAAAAUAUAAAACGCUUUGUAAAUCGGGUCAAAAAAUGACAAAAGGGAAAAUGAAAAGAGCAGAAACCAUGCCAGCAAUAAGAUCUAACUCAUCGGCUGCAGCUGCAAGGGCUAGCUUUGCUAUUACUAAAACAAAUUUGAGGGCAACAUUGGAUGAAGAAGAUCUUUUUUCUCAAUCCUUGGAUGCUGGACGAAUAAAGCUUCUGAAGGCCUCUGAAAUAUUGAAUACCGUUCCUUGGUACCAUGGUGAUAAAGAUAGAGAAGAUGCUGAAAGUUUACUAGACAGUAAUCCGAUAGGAGCAUACCUCUUGCGAAAUCAUCAGUUUGAUUCAUACACACUUUCGUAUAAAGACGCUACAAAAAUUAAACAUCAUAUCAUAAAAAAGAUUGGCCGCCCUAUUGGAUAUCAAUUUGAAAUGUCUGAGAUAAACAAAGUUUUUGAAUCUCCACAAAAUGCUGUUGAAUUUUACAUGGAUAUGAUAAGUAAAACGACUCAUUUUCGUCCUCACCCUGUUCCUCGAAACAGCAUUGCAAAUGUACAUAUUCAGCAGCCUCGUGAUGCAAGAAGAAAAAGUUCAGGAAGAUUAGGGAAUCCAUAUAUUCGAUCUCCAGGCAGUUUGCAUCACCCGGACAUGACCUUUUUUCAAGGGCCAGUGAAAGAUUACCAGACUGCGCAUUUACCACCCACACCCAAUUACCACAGAGCUUCUCUUACACAGCCGCCGCAACCAAAUGCCACACCAACCUCACUGAUUCAUAAAAGAUUAGGAAAAACACAGUCGGUGCCUCAACCACACAUUUCCCAUGCUGCUCGACCAAAACUUACCAGAGUAAAAACUGAAGAAGAAACAGAUCAGUACAUAGCUAUGUCUCCUCCAAUGGUACCAUCAAUUAGCAGUGAUAUGAAAUUUGCAAACAAACCAAUAAUUUCACCAAAAAAUCAAAAUACUGAUGUUGAUGAUGAUUAUUAUCUUCGAAGUGUCGACGUUCCAACUGACCCGCUCACUGGUACUACUAUGGAUGGCGAUCCAGACGAAUCACCUUAUCUUCAAAGUAUUGACAUUCAACAAUCUGGCAUACGAAAGACAUCAGACGAUUGUUAUUUGCCUGACAGUGAACUGGAGCAAAAUGGAUGCCGAAAUCCAGAUUAUCAAAACUUGCCAGCGCCACACGACCCGACCUAUGUAGACCACGAUAAUGAUGAUAGUGACUACAUGAAUAAUGAAAUAAUGAGACAUCGAUAUGCAGCAACUGAGCACGAACCGCCUCCACCUAUACCACCCAGAACAAUGCAGCCACAGAGAAUAUCGAAUGAUGUCACAUAUUACAAUAUGAAAUGAUGAGUUUUUUUUAUUGUUUGUUUUUCUGUGUUGUGGUUGUCCGUAUAUUGUCACAAAUUGUUCGAUAUAAGUUCAGUAUAUAAAAACCUGGGAACCAGUUGGAUAGAUGUGAAUAAUAUGUUACUUUCAUAGUGUUAAGAACUCAGUGUGUACACGUUUUUUAUAGUUGUGUUAAUUUUCAAUAGAACUCUUCUCUGCAGGUUAUAUUAUCUCCCCCGUAGGGUAGUUACUAGAUGAAUAGAAAGAUAUAAUAAGCCUUCUUGCAUGUUAAUAUUGUAUAUAUACGUAUUCUUUUUGUUUAUAAUAUUUUUUUUGUUUUUUUUGCUAUCACUGAAAUAUAUUUAACUGAGACACGGGUAUGUAAAGAUACCAAAACAAGGUGUAAUCCUGAGACCUGUAACAAAGCUCGUCCAAGUCAGGAAUUUCAUCAAUGCUCUUUCGACGUAAACAAAAAGAUUUUUAAUCGUUUACGUAAUAUGGUGAUUUGGAGUUGAAUGGAUUGCACCCUGCGGUUGUUACGUAAUGUGGAACAUAUUUACUAGGGUGUUUAAUUUUUAUUUGUAAUUGUAAUUUUAUAAUAAACCCUAUUUUUUUAUAAUUCCAUUUUAUUUUAUACUGUUUUAUAAUUAUUUUAUUUUUUGGUACAAUUUAUAUCCCUCUAGCGGACUUUUUUACUAUUUUUUAUACUUUUUCACAUUUUAUUAUACUUCUUUUUUGCUAGAAAUUUAACGCCUUUGCAACGCCCUUGUAAAAAUCAAGUAGUGAUUUACCUUAAAAAAAUUUGUGGUGUUAACAUAUGUAAAGUCGACAGAAUUGUCAAAAAAAAAUUUUUUAGUGAUUUUAAUUUUAUUCCUUUUUUUGUGAUGCAAUUUUUUAAUCUCUAUAAUAAUAGCCGUCGUCUGUCUGUCUCUGCGCGGACCCCCCGCAAAGUUAGAAAAUGAUGUUACGGAAACACGAAUAUCAAAUGCGAUAUAUUUUUAUCCACUUUGUGGCGACGGGUAAAUAUAAAGGACGGGCGAACCUGUGGAUUUUUCCACGGGCAACGACUAGUACUAUUUUAUAUUUCUUUAUAAUUUUUCUAUUUUUGUAAGAAAUUAAAAGCGCCCUUUAACGCCCUCGUGAGAAUUUGAGAAUAACUAUUUAAGUUUCCAUUCAUAAAAUUUCUUAUUAAACUUUAUGGUAGUUGUUAAAAUGCGCUGUAGUUAUCGCAUCCGUUAUUUCAGUGGACUUCAUUUAACGUAUUUAUUAGUUCAAUGGAUUUAUUAUUUAAGGAGAUUGGUAUUUAUGUUUCCGUUAGCUUGUUCUAUUAUUAAAAAUGACACAUCUUAUAUAUCUUUAAGUAUUUGUUAAGCAGAAUGAAUAGUUCUUAGAUUUGUCUUGCUUCAAAAUAUUUAUUUUUCGCGACAUCAUUUGUGCAAAGUGGACUAAUAUCUAUCCAAUCAAUUCAGUCUUCUUUAAACGCUUCUAUAAAGUGUUCAACACUCCAUUGUAAUUUUAAAACCUUUGCUAAGAUUUCAUGUGUUAUCAUUAUUUUAUGUGUAUUCAUAUUUUUGUGGUAAAUUUAAGGCUUGCAUUA